AUGAGGGGUGGCCUUCUGCGCUUCGAGAUGAGCUCAAUCAAGAGCAACCCAUCUCCAAGCUGCCCCGGGAAUCGACUCUGCCUUCACAGACUGGGUGAUUCUAUGCACCGCCAGCCACCCCCAGUGAAAUCGGACGAGGGCAUGCCGUCAUCCCUCAGCCGGGAAAAACGGCUGUUGGGUGCUGAUGAUCUUGGAGAAAGCGCCGAGGAUCAUAUAUGCGUUUUUAGCUUGUCAUUCGAUGCCCGCCGGCCAAGCGAGGGAAACCCGCCGGCUGUUCUCUCCCCUCUGCUAUACUAUCCUCGACCCACUCUUUCAUUCUCUCUCUCCUCGACAUCCUCCUCGACCCUGAUCGGCAUGCGCACGAAGCGGAAGAAGACGACGACGGCGGGGCAUGAGAGUCACUGGCAGAAGGAGUACGAGGAGCGGAAGCGAUGGGACUGGCUGGACCUGAGCGCCACUCCGCGGCGCCCGCUGUGGGCCUCGGAGUCUGAGGAGGCCCACUCGGCCGCCUCGUCGGAUGGCCAGGAGGCCGACGAGGAGGAAGGCGGAUGGGAGUCCGGAUACGUCGACGGGCGCGCUCGAGAGGCCGGCUAUCACCAGUGGCCGGCUCCUGACCAUCACCUCCGUCCCAGGAGAAACACCGAGCUCGUCGCUCCAGCUGAUGAUUAUGGUCCCCUGUCCCUGCAGGCUGAUCUGUCCCCGGACCGUCACGAAUCUCCACCAGCCGAGCAACAAGGGCUCGUUCUCGGCCCUUGUCCAUCCACCGCCGUUCGCCCACCACAGUCCGCACGAUUCCCCACGUGUCCACCCGCACCAAGGGGGGAGAUUCAGGGGGAACGCGGGCAGCAGAAGCAGCUUCCAUACCAGAGGAUCGACGACGACAACGGGGCCCGGCGGCCACCCGGCGAAUUUUGUGUCUUCGAAUAUCUAUCUCAGACCGCUGCCCGAAAUGUCCGAUCGUCCUUCAAAGAGCAACUGACAUUAGACGCCCCGCCCCCGCCAGCUCUACCUGCUGCGCAGGAAGGCUGGGCACGGGACGGCCCAGUGGAGGGCCCGAAGCUCAAGUGGCGGAGCAAGAAAGUGACGCAGAAGAGCUACUCGGCUCCCGGGAACUAUAUGGCGCCUUCGGACCGACGCCGGACUAGCACGGCCCGGGUCUCGCAGCCGGCCAAGAACAAGCCCGGGUUCGAGCUGAGCGGGGGCGGGUUCCAUGUGGUUGGUCUGGGGUCCACCGGCGGAUUCCUGAUGCCGGGGUUCCAUCCCACGCAUGGCGGGGGUCCGAUGCCCAGCGGCGGCCUGCACAGCUCAAGGAUGCUCACGGCCGGGGCCUCUGCCCCAUCGACAUACGCCGACCCGCCGCUCCAGCCGCUCUUUCCAUUGGGCCCGGCGACCCCGCUGCUGCCUUUCUAUCCCCCUGGAGGCUGGUUCCAUCCCCCUGGCCUCAACUUCUCGCCAGGCUCGGAGGCCUCCCCGGCCAGCUCCGUCGGCGUGCCUCCCACGCCCGCGAAGUUCCCGCCCACGCCUCAUGGAUGGCCCGGCCCUCCCACCGGCGAGUUCUGCGAGAAAUCGACCGCUUACUAUUAUUAUCACCACCACCACGAACUCUAUCAGCCCGUUCCCAGCCAGCCCCCGUUGCCGGCUCUCCACCUUCAUCAACAGCAGGCCGGCGAUGGGCUUGGUGGUGGCACUCUUCCGCCGGGCUCGGCUGCGCUCAGUCUCCAAAAAUCUCCCCUCGACGGGCCGCCUAUCCUCGAUCCAUCUCCCCAAGCGGCCACGACCACGGUCCAGGAACGCUAUGCGACCGACACCCAGACGAGCAACACGUCGGCCCAGGGUCCGUUCGGCCCGGCCAUCUUCCAGCCCAUCGAGCCCUUUGAUCUUCAGCAACAACACCCUUUGCUCCAGCGGCACGACGGGGAAGAGAGGCUUGACCACGAAAGCAAAUUCGUCGAGAUCCCUCAAAUCUUGCAUGAUUGA